AUGCCUCGGUACACGGUUCACGUACGGGACGAGUGGUUGGCCAUUCCAUGCCGGGACUCCAAGAACACGAUCCAAUGGCUCGGGAUCGAGGCUCUCAGACGAUACAUCAAGAACAAACCCGACAAUGGAGGCAUCACGUCAGUGAAGGAGACGCGCUUUGUGGUGCGCCGGUGUCAGGGUUUAGGACUUCUGGACGCAGAUGACACGAUUGAAGAUGUUCUGGAAAACAACGACUUUGUGGAGCUCGCGAUAGAAGGAGACACCAUGUCCCCAGACUUCAUCCCAUGUCAGGCUGGAGUCUCUCAUAUCACGGCCGCUUACAGAGAGCCUGAUGAGUUCAUUCUUCUGGAUGGAAACAGCCUUUCAUCAAAUGAUCUGGUCAACUUAGGCAGAGGCUUCUACAAGAUAAAGUUAACAUCUGAGGCAGAGCGCAAAGUGGUGCAAUCCAGAGAGCUUUUGGACACUAUUGUCAAGGAAAACAGAGUCGUCUAUGGGAUCACGACAGGAUUUGGCAAAUUCGCCCGUACUGUUAUUCCUGUCAGCAAACUCAAGGAGCUGCAGGAAAACCUGGUGCGCUCUCACUCUGCAGGAGUGGGGAACCCGCUGAGCCCUGAGAGGACCCGUAUGCUGCUGGCUCUCAGGAUCAAUGUCCUGGCGAAAGGACACAGUGGCAUCUCUUUAGAGACGCUGCACGCCAUGAUCCAGGCCUUCAAUGCAUCGUGUCUGUCCUUCGUCCCAGAGAAGGGGACAGUGGGCGCCAGUGGAGACCUGGCCCCUCUGUCUCACCUCGCUCUGGGGCUGAUGGGAGAGGGGAGGAUGUGGUCGCCAAAAAGCGGUUGGGCAGACGCCAAAUUUGUCUUGGAGGCCCAUGGACUUAAGCCAAUAUCCCUGAAGCCCAAAGAGGGUCUUGCUCUGAUCAAUGGGACACAGAUGAUCACCUCUCUGGGGGCGGAGGCGGUGGAGCGAGCCCAGGCCAUCGCCCAGCAGGCAGACAUCGUGGCCGCUCUCACUCUGGAGGUUCUCAAAGGCACCACCAAGGCUUUCGACAGCGACAUCCACGCUCUGAGGCCGCAUCCGGGUCAGAUAGAAGUGGCCUCGCGUUUCCGAUCGCUGCUAGACUCCGACCACCAUCCGUCUGAAAUAGCAGAGAGCCAUCGUUUCUGUGACCACGUGCAGGACGCCUACACCAUGCGAUGCUGUCCUCAGGUCCAUGGAGUGGUCAACGACACAAUCAAUUUUGCCAAAAACAUAAUCAAUACAGAAAUCAACAGUGCCACAGACAACCCUAUGGUGUUCGCUGAAAGAGGUGAAACCAUUUCUGGAGGGAACUUUCAUGGAGAAUAUCCAGCUAAGGCGCUGGACUUCCUGGCCAUCGCGGUGCACGAGCUGGCCUCCAUCAGUGAGAGGAGGACCGAGAGACUGUGUAAUCCGUCUCUGAGCGAGCUGCCGGCGUUCCUCGUCAACGAAGGAGGACUCAACUCUGGGUUCAUGAUCGCUCACUGCACUGCGGCCGCGUUAGUUUCAGAAAAUAAGGUUUUGUGUCACCCUUCGUCUGUGGAUUCUUUGUCGACGAGCGCAGCCACGGAGGACCACGUGUCGAUGGGAGGGUGGGCCGCCAGGAAGGCCCUCCGAGUCAUCGAACACGUGGAGCAAGUUCUGGCCAUCGAGCUGCUGGCGGCCUGUCAGGGCAUCGAGUUCCUGCGGCCGCUGCGCACCACCACGCCGCUGGAGAAGGUCUAUGACCUUGUGCGCAGCGUGGUCAAGCCCUGGAUCAAAGACAGAUUCAUGUCUCCAGACAUCGAGGCUGUGCACAGACUCCUCAUCGACCAAAAGGUUUGGCAGGUGGCUAAACCGUACAUUGACAAGUAUGCGACAGAGUUCAUCCCUGAGUCUCGUCCCGUCAGCCCCACAGCCUUCUCUCUGGAGCCUCCAACAUCUCCACGAAAACGAGUUCGCCUCGAGUGA